AUGGUACAUAUAAUACCUUCCAAAUCAUUCCAACUUGAAUUGGCUGAUGCAGUAAUUCUUGCUACUAGAGCUACUGAAUCAAGUUCAGAAAGUAAUAGAUGUAAAGAUAAUAAUUCGUUUGAAUGUCAAAAACCAGUUAAUGAUAAUACUGUCACCAUUAUCGUGGCUGUGGUAAUACCAGUGGUGGUCAUUUCAAUAAUCUUAGGUUAUUUCGUGUUUAGAAAUUAUCGUAAAGAUAAAAAGGAAGCUAUGGAACAUGAUCCUGAUUUUGAUGAAAAUGGUGAAGCAACUGCUUUACCUGAUUUCCCAAGUAAUCAAAACAUUUCUCAUCAAAAUAUGUACCAAAUUGAAGAUCCUUUCCAUAAUAGAAAUUCUAUAAGAUAUCCAAUCGCUCAAGCUGGUAAAGGAGCUUUCAAUAAAUCAACCGCAUCUUUAACUACUUCAGCUCAUGGUGAUCCAUAUUUAGAUAAUUUUGUUUUACCUUAUCAUCAUCAAACUGGUUCAAAAAUUUCUUUAGAUGAUUAUGCUAGACAAUUUGGAGGUGAAAAUCCAAAUUAUUUCCAUCAUACUCCUUCUGCUUCCAUUAGUAGAACUAGAAAUUCAAGUUUUAGUCAUUUACCUCCUCAACCAGGUUCUCAAAACAUUUCUCCUCAGAAAUCAAGUCUAAGACAAGUAGUUUCAACAUCUCCAACUAAAAGAGGCCUUAAUAUUCAGCAAUUACAGCAACAAAGAGAAUAUACCAAUAUACCCAAUCAAUCUUCAGCUACAUUAUAUAAUGAAAAAACUGAAUAUGAAUCUAAUAGUUCAGAUUCUGGUAAUCAUGCUGCUAAUGAAAAAUUUGCUUAUGAUGAUAGAAAUAAUUCUCAAUCACAACUUAAACAUGAACUGUAUGAAACAGCCACCAGUGAACCAACUCCAGUUGAACACGAUGGUGAAGAUGAACUUGAAUAUGAUAGAACUCAAGAAGCUAAUUCACCAUUUGAAGAAGAACAUGCUAUGACUACUUCAAAUACCACUGCAUACACCGUUGAUAGUAAAGCUAGAGAUCAUUAUAAUAAUGGUGGUAGUUCGUUAGCUCCACCUGCUAUUACCAUUAAUGGUGAUGAAGAUGAAGGUGAUUUCGACUUUUCAAUGAGUAAUGAAACGUCUAAAGAAGAUGAAGCUGGUAAUACUUCUAAAUCAGAAUUAUUAGGUGAUCAAAACAAGAAGAUCUUAAGUAAAUCACCAAGAAUAUCUGCCUUUAAUUUAUUAAAGAAUGAUAGUGAUAUUGAAGAUGAUGAUGAAGGUCAAGAUGCUGAACAAGAAGAAGAAAUUAAAAGAAUGAAAUCUGUUUAUAAGGUUUACUUUGAAAAUAAAGAUGGUCAAAGACAAGAAUAUCCCGUGGAUCCAGAUCAACCAUUACCUGAAUUAGAUCAAAAGGAUAUCGUUAGAAUCAAUAAAGAUUUGAAAAUGGAUACUAAUUAUGAGAAGAGAAUGACUGCAACUUCUUCACUUUAUAAUGAAACUCCAAUUUUCUCUCAGAAUGAACAAGAUUUCUAUUAUAAUCAACAACAACAACAACAACAAAAUGAACAAUAUUAUCAAGCUCAACCUUAUGGAUAUCCUGUCGAAGGUCAUUAUUAUCAACAAGGUUAUGUUCCAAAUCUUCAACAACCAGCACAAGCUUAUUCUCCUCAAGAACAACAUCCAUCAGAACCAUUACCUCCAUUACAAAAGUUAAGAAAUGCAUCUGAUUUCCGUAAAUCUACUUUGGAAACUUAUACUAAUUUUGAACCAAGAUUAAAGAAUACUGUUGGACCAAAUGGAUCUGGUUCACCAACUGGUUCUAAACCUUUUAAUCCAAUAGAUAGUGAUGGAUGGACUUCACCUGUUAAUUCACCUCAUAUGCAAUCACAAGCGUCAUUCUCAAAUCAAGGUAAUAAUAAUACAUAUUAUUCUACUAGUCCUCAAUUAGGAAAUCAAUCUCAACAACAACAACAACAGCAACAAACUGGUGGAUCCGCUCCAUCCGCAUCACAAUUAGCUAGAUCAUCAGUGGUAAUGUUGAAUCCUGUAACUGAAAUCACCAAACAAAGAAAAUUCAAACCUGCUGGAUCAUUAAAUGGUAAUCAACCUGGUCAAGGUCAAGGACAAUAUGAACAAGACUACAAUGGUAUAGAAAAUGAUUUAAUCCCCGGUAAUAGAAAGAGUGAUGUUAGACGUAUGAUGAACACUAACUUUUAG